UUUUUUUUUUCCCUAUCUUUCUCAGGGGGACCACAGGAUAGCUGUCAAAACGUGUCAUUAAUAUUAUGACUACUCAGAACGGAAUCGACGUUGGUUGUCAAACCGAGGAUGUCUGGACUGACGAUCGGUUGAGAAAGUAUCGACGUAUGAAGCGAAAAAUCCUCGACUUCAUUACGAAACAUAAAUCAGCCCAACAAGCACUGGAUCGUGCCAAUCGUAGAAUACAGAGUCUCCACCGAGAAAAAAGUAAAACCCAGAGACGAUCCAGUGCCAAAGGCAAUGAUGAUGCCAUGGAUAUCAGUCAGACAGAGGAUAAUGCGGAUGAUGAUAACGGUGAAGCAGAAGAAGAAGUGGAAGAGGAUGACGAAGAAGACGAAGAAGAUCAGAUCGAAGACGACGAGGAAGUCGAAGCGGUGGUGACUAAGAAACGAACUUCAUCACGAAGGAAAAAGAUUGAAAUUCCUCGGGAUGAGAAUGGCACUGUCAAAUUACCGUUCAGUAUCGCUUCUUUAACCAUUAUCAAUCUGGGCACGGUAGUAUGGGAUCGCAGCGGAUUUCACAGCGAACGAUACAUAUGGCCAGUGAAUUAUUGCGUAGAAAGAACGUAUAUGAGCAUGGUGGAUCCGACAAGCCAGACAACAUAUGUUUGCAAAGUGGAAGACGGCAAUGAAGGACCUUUGUUUACAAUCCGAGCGGCUGAUGCGCCAGAGGAAACAUUAUCUGCCAAAACGGCCACGGGUGUGUGGGCUUUGGUGAUCAAACGAGCAAAUGAAGUACGUCAAAAGGAGUCGUCCAAUGCCAUUUCAGGUCCAGAAUACUACGGUUUUGCCCAUCCUAUUGUGGCCGAACUCAUUGAAGAAUUGGAUGGUGUCGAUAAAUGUACACGCUAUGUGCGAAGAACGGAAGCAUGAGGCCGGGAAAAAAUAAAUGAAAUCAUCGAGGACAAUGUAAAAAUGUAAAGAUAAAAAAAAUCGAAUAGUAUUUGCGUGAGAAAUUUUCAUAGGAUAAAAUAACAACAUCGGAUGUACACAGUUCUGACCACUUUGAUUAUUGAAUGCUGGCAAUAACA